CCUGUCCAGCCCCGGGCGCGUCCCGUCAGAGCUGAGGAGUGGCGCUGGGGUCUCCCUUUGGACCUGGUCUUGGACUGGCCCUCAGGUCUGAGCAGAGGCUGCUGGUUUGAUCCCCAGCGGAUGGAAUUUGGCCCCCAAUGGCUGAUGAUCAAGAGAAAGACUUGCAGAAAUUUCUUAAAAAUGUGGAUGAAAUCACCACUUUAAUUCAGGAGCUGAAUUCUGAUGACCCAAUUAUACAACAGAAAGCUGUACAACAGACAGAAGAGAGACUGAUGCUGAUGGAGGAAGCUCGAGAGGAGGAUGAGUGCAGGACAACCUUGAACAAGACCAUGAUAAGCCCUCCUCAAGCUGCUAAUUCAGAUGAAAUAAACCCAGAGGUCUUCAUGGCAUCUGUGGAGAACGAUGCAAAGGAGCGAGCCGAGAGAAGACGGGAAAACAAAGUCUUAGCAGAUGCCCUAAAAGAAAAUGGGAACAAAGCCUUUGCCAAGGGCAACUAUGAGAUGGCCAUCCUGCACUACAGCGAGGGCUUGGACAAGAUGAAGGAUAUGAAAGUUCUGUAUACCAACCGAGCCCAGGCUUAUAUAAAACUUGGGGAGUACCAGAAGGCCCUGGUGGAUUGUGAAUGGGCACUGAAGUGUGAUGAAAAAUGUACAAAGGCAUAUUUCCACAUGGGAAAAGCUCAUCUGGCCCUGAAGAACUACAGUAUGUCCAGACAGUGUUAUCAGAAGAUCUCAGAAAUAAACCCCAAGCUGCAGACACAGGUGAAAGAAUACCUGCACCAAGUAGAUCUCCAGGAGAAGACAGACUUUCAAGAAAAAGAAGCCCAUGAAUUGCUGAAUACAGGAAAGAAUACAGCUGUGACAACCAAAAACCUCCUGGAAACCCUUUCUAAGCCUGACCAGACACCUUUGUUCUAUGCAGGGGGAAUGGAGAUCCUGACUGACGUAAUGAAGGAUUGCACAGAACAAACUUUAUUCAGAACCCACAAUGGAUUCAGCAUCAUCAGUAACAACGAGGUCAUAAGAAGGUGCCUUUCCAUGGCAGAAAAAGAUAUGAUUGAAGAGACAGUCUGUGUGACUGUUCUUAAGCUUUGGCAAGCAGUUUGCAGUGAGAAUGAGGAAAACCAGCGUCUGCUUGUGCUGCACCCCAACACGGCGAGGCUGCUGCCCUCCCUCUUGACCUCCAAAGUCAUGGCCAUCCAGCAGCAGAGCUUAUCCCUGCUGCUGCAGGUCACCCAGACUGAGCAUGGACGGAGCCUGGUCAUCAGCCACCUUGAUAUGACCCGAUUGCUGGAAGCACUGCUAUCAUUUCUUGACUUCUCAGACAACAAGGCCAGUACCGCCAUUGGACUGCUCACAGACUUGGCUCUGGAAGAAAGAUUCCAAGUCUGGUUUCGGGCCAACCUUCCAGGUGCUCUCCCUGCACUCACAGGUGUACUGAAGAGAGAUCCGAUGGUAACCAACUCCUCAGCGCUCUGCAGGUGUAUUGUCAUCAUAGGAAAUCUCAGUGCUGAGGCUGCUGCUCGAAGACACAUGUCAUCCUGUGAAGAAUUUAGGGAUGCCUGUUUGGGCCUCCUGGCCAAGUGCGAGGACAACAUGGACCUAUACAGAGAGGUCACUUACACAGUCCUGGGACUCGUGAUGAACCUAUGUCUUCAGGUCCCCUUUGCCUCAGAGGUGUGGGCUGUGGAGCUGAGCAGAAGGUGCCUCUCUUUACUAAACAGCCAAGAUGGGGGCAUCCUAACUAGAGCUGCUGGUGUUCUGAGCCGGACACUUUCUUCCUCUCAGAAAAUCAUUGAGGAGGCUGUGAGAGCAGGAGUGGUGAAGAAAAUGAUUAAAUUCCUGAAGAUAGGAGGCCAGACUGCAUCACAUUAUGCCAUAAAGAUACUAGCUAUCUGCACAAACAGCUGUUGUGAAGCUCGGGAAGAAGUAAUCAAACUGGAUAGAAAGUUCAGUGUUCUGCUGAAGCUGCUCAGCUCAGAGGAUGAGGUUCUGAUGGGCAACACUGCCCUCUGCCUUGGCAACUGCGUGGAGUUGCCCAAUGUUGCAUCUUCCCUGCUGAAGACAGACCUUGUACAAGUCUUGCUAAAGCUAGCAGGUGGUGACUCACAGAAGACAGCGGUGCAGCUGAAUGCAGGCAUUGCUCUGGGGAAGCUGUGCACGGUUGAGCCCAGGUUUGCUGCUCAACUGAGAGAGCUUCAUGGGUUGGAAAUUCUCAACUCUACAAUGAAAUACAUCAACGAUUCUUGAGAGAUGCGAUGUCUGUGUGGAACUUCGCAGGCAUACAACUGUGUAGUUUGGGUUGUUGAUUUGUUAAUAAAGUCCUUUAAAAUAUCCACUUGAGAACUGAGCAUAUGUUUUCAGAGCAUUUGUCUAGUGGGAUUUCAUUGAUAAGAGGAGAACAGGCAUCUGGUGGCUAUGGUGGUAGAAACUGUUUGGCUUGUUCAGCAUCCAUCACACUCGUCUCUGAAUGUGCCUUUCUACAGAAACUGGAAAUGAGCCAACAAAGAGCCACAUUUCCCAGACUUUCUUGCAUCCACAGUUCUACAUGAGAACUUAAUUCUACCAGUCUAUUACCACUUCUUGUGCUGCUUGCUGUUUUCUACUAGCAACAUACUAGAAGCAUCAGAGUCUGGGCAGUGGCAUUUAGCAUCUGCUACCCAGCUCUGAGUGCCUCAAGAUAAUAACAGUGGCCUCAUUGUUGGUGGCAGCUUCUUAAAACCCCACUGCAGCUGUGGCAGGUGCUCCUAAACUCGGUGGGUCCAGGUGGUCCAGUGGUGGAAGUAGCUUCCUUUUAGGGAAGCUCUGUGUAGUCUCUGUGCAUCAAAGUCAUUUCUGGAUGUUCUAUCUGGCGCUCUUCUCCAGCCCAUAUAGUGGUGCUGUAGGUACUCUGUUUUGUGUGUUAGACUAUUCUCUGCUUAAAGUGCCAGAGCAGGGGUUUCCAUUGGUGCACUGAACUCAUUGGUGCAUGUAUCUCCCAACCUAGCUUGCAUUCUUAUCCCUUUCCCAAAAAUCUUUAUCCAUUUUCAUUGCCCAAGGGCCAAUUAAGUCAGUAUCCCCUGUGGGCUUCAAGUCUCUAACUGAAAAGUCCAAUGAAAGACACUACUCUUCAGCUUCUCCAUACAAUCAGUUGAUCAUUUUAGAGUAGGAAGUAGGAGUGGUUGUCAAGAGUCACAGCCAAAAUUCCAAAGAAUUUGCCCAUGAUGUGUGGCUGGGAAAGAUGCUUAGCUCUUCUGAGCUUUGGCAGCUGUAUCUGUCGAAAACAAGAGAAAUUCCUGUCCAGUCUACCUCUCAUAUUGCUGUGAAAGUUAAAUAAAGAUUUGGAGGUGCUGUAGCUUGGAUCUAGAAUGUCCCCCCAAAGGCCCAUGUGUAAAAACUUCAUCUCCAGUUUGGAGCUGUUGUGUGUGGUGGUGGUGAUGGGCGUUAAGCAGUGAAGCCUAUAAGGAAACAUUCAGCUCCCAGGAGUACCCUGAAAGGAAAUUUGCUACCUCAGACUCUUCCUUUCUCUCUCAUUUGCUUCCUGACCCUGAGGUGAAUAGUUUGCUCCACAACGUGCUCCUACCGUAAUGAGCUGCCUCCUAGCCUGAAAACUUGAGUCUGCCAGAUUAUGAACUGAAACCUGAAAAACUUUGAGCCAUAAUAAGCCUUUUCUUGGGCUGGGGAUUUGGCUCAUUG